ACGCGCUCUCUCCCCUCUAUUUAUUUACAGGGGUUCGCUUAAAACCCCCAAAAUUUGUAGAUCUCGAAACGAUCGAAGAAGAAGCAGAGUGGGGGUAAAAAUGGCGAUCGGAUGGGUGAAGAGGAUGAGCUCUGCCUUCGGGGCGUCCUUCGUAUGGCUCGUGAUCUUGAUCUACUUCACUCAGGGUUUCAGAUCCUUCGUGUGGACUGCAGUUUCCUACCAGAUGAAAGAUAUGCUCAAGCUUUCACCCUCAGCCUCACAAUUUGUGGUUUCUGUUGCAUAUUUCCCUUGGAGUAUUAAACCUUUAUAUGGAAUUCUAUCAGAUUGUAUCCCAAUUAGACGGAAGAAAAGAAAACCAUACUUGGUUCUAGCAACCAUCCUCUCUCUCUUCCCGUGGCUUGUCAUGGGUUCAACAUCCCUAAGGAGUUCGCGAAAUUUCCUGAUGGCUCUCUUAACGAUACAAAACCUGGGAACUGCGAUGGCAGAUGUUGUUAUUGACGCAAUGAUUGCAGAGGCAGUUCGUGCUGAGAAAGCAGAAUUUUCUGGCGAUCUCCAGUCAUUAUCUUGGUCUGCAAUGGCCUUGGGAGGAAUAUGUGGGAGUUUAUUAGGAGGUUACACACUGUCAACACUUAGGACAGACACAAUUUUCCUGCUUUUCUCUAUACUGCCAAUCAUCCAGCUAUUGUCGUGUGCUUUUAUUGAGGAGGUCCCUUCUGAAACUCCAAAGAUGGAUCAAAAUGGUCACGAACACAUGCAAAACCAUUCAGAUAGUAGUACAAGAAGUUCCUCUUCUGAAAAAUCAUAUUCUCAAACUACAAGAAGGCGAAAAGACAGCCAUAAGAAGGAAGAAAAGGAAACCAUCUCCAUGAAAUCUGAAAUUACAACAGUACAUUCAUCAAUAACUCCUAGAUGGCAUGAAUCUCUGAAAUCUGCUUUCUUUAGUUUGUGUCGAGCAUUUAGGCAACCCAUUAUCAUAAGGCCCAUGGCCUGGUUUUUCUUUUCAAAUGUUGCAGUUCCCAAUCUCUCAACAGUCAUGUUUUAUUAUCAGACUGAAGUCUUGCACUUGGAAGCAUCCUUUUUGGGGACUGCCCGUGUGAUUGGGUGGUUUGGCUUAAUGCUCGGUACAUAUACCUACAAUCGAUGUUUGAAACGUAUGAAACUAAGGAGAAUUCUCAUGGUCACACACAUUGGUCUUGCCAUUGUGAACCUUGUCGACAUUCUCCUAGUAUCUCGAUCAAAUAUUCAGCUAGGCAUACCUGAUAAGUACAUGGUACUUGGUGGAUCAGCUGUGGGUGACACAAUUAACCAGUUUAAGUUGAUGCCGUUUCUAAUCCUCUCAGGACAACUUUGCCCACCUGGAAUCGAAGGGACUCUUUUUGCUCUCUUCAUGUCCAUAAACAACUUCGGCAACACUUUAGGCUCAUUCUUCGGUGCUGCUUUGGCUUCAAUGCUGAACAUUUCAUCAGGAUCUUACCAAAACCUUUUAUACGGUUUGAUCAUGCAACUAAUAUGCACUCUCAUUCCCGUUGGUUUCCUCUUUUUGAUUCCACAGGAAGUCACAGGAUUGGCUUCCCAAUGAUAAAAUGAGUUCUAUUUUUUUUUUCUCGGAUCUCUACAUUUAUAUUAUGGGGAUGAACUUAUCAAAAUCAUACAGCCAUAGCCUUAUACGGAUAAAACUUAUCAAAAUCAUACAGCCAUAGGAACAGCUAGCGUAGAAAGGAAGAAAGAUGCAGAUUGUUGCUUCAGUUGGCACUCUGGAAGCAUUUUGUUGUAGACAUUGUAAAACAUCUAACUAUUUUUCACCCUGAUUUCACUUGUAACAGGAUUUGGCAAUUCUCAAUUUUCAGGAGUUCUAUAACAUUUGCAUGGGUAAUUUUGCA